UGGUCACGUCACGCAGAGUACAGGCGUGUCGUGUGUGUUCCAUCACAACACAGAACCGGCAGCACAAGUUCUACAACUUCUGGAUGGAGAGCGCAGGUUUCUCUAGGUGAGGUCUCAUCACACACAGUCCGGAUCUAACAGAAGAACUGCAGCACCUGGAGGAUCCUUCAGGACCACCAUGACUCACCUGUGGGGGGCCGCGCUGAUUGUGCUGCUGGGACUCAUGCCAGCAUGGCUGAAUGCGAUCAAAAUCCAGGAGAUGAGCACCGAGACCAUCAUGAAGGCCAAAGGGGAUUCUGUAACGCUUGGCUGCACCUACGUGGUGGACGCCUCCGAGACGGGGAAUCUAGACAUCGAGUGGUCAAAAAUGAACCCGGACAGCACCGGCCUGGACACCGUGAUCCUCACCUACAUGGACAACCAGGUCGUCGCCAAAGGCCCUGCGGGUCUCAUGAGCCGCCUUACGUUUGUUCAAGCGGAUCCCAGCAAGGGCGACGCCUCAAUCCACAUCACCUACCUCGAUGUUGGAGAUACAGCAACUUACCAGUGCAAAGUCAAGAAGAACCCUGGAGUGGAUUCUAGGAAAGUCACUCUAAACAUUCAAGUGGUACCUACUCAUCCUCAAUGCUGGAUCGAAGGUGAGCAGAGCUACGGAAAAGACGUCACCCUGAAAUGUUCAUCUAAGGAGGGCACCCCACCUGUGACUUAUACAUGGCAGAAGAUAGCCGGACCCGCCAAUCCUGCAACGCCGGUUCUCAACCUGAAACCUUUGAAUGGAGAUUUGCUGAUUAAGAACCUCUCUGACGCCUAUGUGGGAGCCUAUCAGUGUAAAAUAGGGAAUCAGGUGGGGAGCAGCACCUGUGUGGCGGAUCUGACCGUGUCUUCAGCCAAUCGUACCGGGAUCAUAGUCGGGGCCGUUUUCGGGGCCCUCCUCCUCCUCCUACUUCUCCUCCUGCUCAUUUGGUGUCUGAUUUGCUGCUGCAACAAACGGCGAUACGAAAAGGAAAUGGCCAACGACAUCCGGGAGGAUGUGAACGCCCCACCGCCAAGCCGCACCAACAGCCGGGUCAGCUCUGUCCGUACAGCAGCGGGCUACCGGCCACACAACAUCAGCUACUCCCUGCGAAGGUCCUACAACGCAACGCCCAGAGUGGAACCCAACGCCCCGUCCUCGUCUGGAAGCGAUCCCAUUAAAGUCAAGUUUGAUAGUCCUGUGCCGACCCCGGAACCCAUCAUGAUUAUUCCAGAAGCAACCAAAUUUAAUCCGUACAACAUCCAGAGGGUCGGGGGGAUCCCGGUGAUGGUCCCAGCACAUAGCAGAGAAGGAUUCAUCGUCUAGAGAGGAAAUUGGUGAAACGUUUACUUUCUGUAAGAACUUUUCCCACCAUGAAGAUCCCUUCCAAACAGCUCAAGACAUUUGUGAUGGGCGUUGUUGGCCCAAUCUUUCCUAUGAUGUACAUAUUGGGGGAGGGGGGAAUGGAGAGGGUGGAUCUGGUGACGCAGUUGUGUCACGGCCUUGACCGUUCGUGAAAUGGACACCUUCUUAUCUGUAGACCCUGAAGAACAAAUGUUUUUGCAGCCAUGAAAUCCGUGAUCCAUUGCUAAACUUUACUGAUGCCAUUUUGUAUUCGGGGGUUGGGUCUGGAUUAUUUUUGAAGCGGAAAAAUGAUAUUUUGUUAUAUAAAUAUGAUAUGUGAUA